AUGGAGGAGGAAAAUGGUGAACAGUUGGAAGAGGGAGAAGUCGAACUGCAGACCAACAGCCCAAAGGAGAAGGAUACAAUCCCGAUCACAGUGGAGCCAAGUACUCGUUCUCGUUCAAAUCGGACCAAGAAAGGCACUACUUCAACUGUAUUAGAACCAUUUGCUCAAACCACAAAACCGCUUCCCCCAACUGCCGUUGGCAAGAGGGGCAAAAAAUAUUAA